AUGUCCGCCUGUCCAUCCCCACCUGUCCCCAAUGUCCACCUGUCCACCCCAGUGUCCAUCCCCAGUGUCCAUCUGUCCAUCCCUGGUGUCCCCCGUGUCCGUCUGUCCAUCCCCAGUGUCCGGGAGUCGGUGUCGGUGAUCAAACACACGGAGCCGGUGCCCGACCCCCGGGCGGUCAACCAGGACAAGAAGAACAUGCUGUUCUCGGGCACCAACAUCGGCGCCGGCAAAGCCGUCGGCAUCGUGGUGGCCACCGGCGUCAACACCGAGAUCGGCAAAAUCCGGGACGAGAUGGCGGCCACCGAGCAGGACAAGACCCCCCUGCAGCAGAAGCUGGACGAGUUCGGCGAGCAGUUGUCCAAGGUCAUCUCCCUCAUCUGUGUGGCCGUCUGGGCCAUCAACAUCGGCCACUUCAACGACCCCGUCCACGGCGGCUCCUGGAUCCGCGGGGCCAUCUACUACUUCAAGAUCGCCGUGGCGCUGGCGGUGGCGGCCAUUCCUGAGGGUCUCCCCGCGGUCAUCACCACCUGCCUGGCCCUGGGCACUCGUCGCAUGGCCAAGAAGAACGCCAUCGUCCGCAGCUUGCCCUCGGUGGAGACCCUGGGCUGCACCUCGGUCAUCUGCUCCGACAAGACCGGCACGCUGACCACCAACCAGAUGUCCGUCUGCAAGAUGUUCAUCAUGGACAAGGUGGAGGGCGACGUCUGCUCCCUCAACGAGUUCUCCAUCACCGGCUCCACCUACGCCCCAGAAGGAGAAGUGUUGAAGCAGGACCGGCCGGUCAAGGCUGGUCAAUACGAUGGUCUGGUGGAACUGGCCACCAUCUGCGCCCUCUGCAACGACUCCUCGCUGGACUACAACGAGGUGACCACGGCGGGCCACCAGGGUGUCCUCAGACCUGGGGG